UGAACACAAAACUUAUUGAGAGAUUAACCAUUAUGAUAAAAGGGCAUUAUUGUUUCCUGCGCAUGAUCAAAAUAUUUCAGAUACAACCGCUGACCCUGAAGUAAACAACUGUAAACUAAGUUGAAGGUUAAGUUUACUUAAAAGUUAAAGCAGGAUAAUUAUUUUGUUAGCUUUUCCAAAGUGAAAGUUGUUAAUACUCGACUGUAUGAAUUACUUAUUUACGUUGACACUUUUAAACAUACAAAAUUUUCUCACAACUUUACAAAAAGCUAAAUCCUGUAUUGCAGAGGAAUGAAAUUGCAUAUAAACGUGUCUUUAGUUAAAAUUCUCAUUGCCCUCUUGAUUCAAUUUUAUCACAGCGGAGUUUCAUUUGGCUUCUUUUAACCUGUUAAAUGUCUCAGCUACGGUUGAAAUGUGUGGUUUACACCAUAAAGCAACGAUCUGCUGCGAUAGAAUCAAAUCUACGAAGCUUGGUUAAAGACCCAUACACAGAAAAUGUUGGAAAUUUUCAAAGUUGUUAAAGUUCCCUGUUAGCUUAUGUUCUUAUAUUUCUUGAUCACGUAUAUUUUUUGGCGUAGCGCAAAAUGUAAAAUGCCAUGAAAAACGAAAAACGUGCUACGCAAAUCCACUACCCUCACAAUCCUCUCUACAUUGCAAGAGGUAAAGGUCAGUAUCUGUAUGAUGAAAAUGAAAAACAGUAUCUUGACCUGAUGAACAACGUUGCACAUGUUGGUCAUUGCCAUCCGCACGUCGUCAAAGCUGGUCAAGAUCAAAUGAGUGUUCUAAGUACUAAUUCACGUUUUCUGAAUGACUUGAUCGUUAAGUUGGCCGAAAAACUUCGUAAAACAUUACCCGACUCCUUAAACACGUUUUUCUUCGUUAACUCAGGAACUGAAGCGAAUGAUCUAGCCAUACGAUUGGCUGCAACAUACACCAAUCAUAAUGAUGUGGUUGUAUUAGAUGGAGCAUAUCAUGGUCACUCCCAAUCAGUAAUUGAAAUCAGUCCAUAUAAAUUCAAAAAGCUUCACCAAGUUGGCCAACAAGACCAUAUUCAUAUGUUGGACAUGCCGGAUUCAUAUCGUGGUGUCCAUCGUGGCGAUAACAACGACCCUGCAAUUAGUGACGCAUACGUGGCUGACGCCAUUAAGCUCAUGGACGACGCAGUGUCUAAAGGACGAGAGAUUGGGAUGUUUAUUGCAGAAUCCAUGAUGAGUUGUGGCGGGCAGAUAAUCUUCCCGCCUGGAUACUUAAAGAAAAUUUAUGAACAUGUCCACAAAUUGGGAGGCAUCUGUGUUGCAGAUGAAGUUCAAGUUGGUUUCGGAAGAAUCGGAAAAUCGGGAUAUUGGGCUUUUGAAUUGCAAGGCGUCACUCCAGACAUUGUGACAAUAGGAAAACCUUUUGGAAAUGGACACCCUGUGUCGUGCGUUAUAACAACGAAGGAAAUCGCACAAGCUUUUGAAGAUACGAAAGUUGCUUACUUUAACACAUUUGGCGGGAACCCAGUUUCCAUGGCAAUUGCAACCUCUGUUAUGGAAGUUAUUGAAAGCGAGAGUCUUCAAGAAAACGCGGAAAUCGUUGGAAAAUAUGUUGUAGAUGAAUUAUUAAAGCAGAAAGAAAAACACGAGUUAAUUGGUGACAUAAGAGGUGUUGGUUUAUUCGUCGGUAUCGAACUUGUUAGCGAUAGAACAAGUCGUGAACCUGCCACAGAAAAAGCAAAAAAAAUCGCGGAUGGUUUACGAGAGAGAGGAAUCCUGAUAAGUCGCGAUGGACCUUAUAACAACGUAUUAAAAAUUAAACCUCCGAUGGUGAUAACGAAAGUUGACAUGGAUCAUUUUAUCUGUCAGCUUGAUCUAGUGUUAACCGAAAAUGAAAAAUAAACUGUAUUUAAGGUAUAUUUUUGUAGGUAUAGAACUUGAUUCAAUUUUUUUAACAGUCGCCUGAUCUAUACACCUGCGAUGCAAUGCCAACAUUUUCUUGUUGUCAAUAAGAAAAAAGCUUCACAGCAGUAACAUCGUCGAUAUCUUAAACCCAUAAUAUUCUGCACCCAGCUUUGAAAACACCAUUUCCUUCGACUGAAAAAUAAUCAUUUUAACUGAAUCUAAUUUGCCAUUAGUGGCUAAGGAAAGACCUUGAUGGUUCGUGAUUGGUAACGCUGGGUAGCCCAAUUCAUUCUCUUUCUUAUACAUGGGUGAACUUUUUCUAACGGCCUACAUAAUCUUCGGGUUUAUGUAGACCCAAAUGUAGGUCUGUUUUUGCCAAGUUUUGACUGUACAUCUACUUUUCCAAAAGUCAAAGGAAUGAAAAUUAAAAAUAUAUAUUUCUCAUAACCAGAGUUUAAACUCCCUGUGACCUUCUAUUCGCAUCGUUUUAAUCACGCGCAUAAGAAAAACCUAUUUAUGACAAACUUUUGACCCAUGAUGUCUGAUUUUUUCUUUAUGUGCCAGUUGUAUGUUCAGCAGAUUAUUAUGUAUAUCUCCAUAAUUGUUUAACUCCCUUAUCAAGUAGAUUUUGCAUUAACCAGUCAAAUAAUACAGAAAAUACAAUGUAGACUUCA